AUGAAUUCCUCCAUCCGACGGACGCUCUCCUCCACCGCUGUCUCCCGCCCUCCCUCCCGCUCUGUUGUGUUCCAAUGGUCCUCAAAAUGCGCCUCUCGAUCCUUCUCACAGUCCAGUUUAAGAGCCGGAAUGAUGGCUCCUAAAGUCAUGACUCCUAAGCCUCCAGCGCAAAUGGCGAUGAAGACCCGUCUAGAGGAGACCAUGAGGGGAAUUAAUAGCUCGAUGGUACCGGAUGACGUUGGACUACUGCCUGGUACAUUCGUUCGGCCAGUAUGGAAGAACCUUCCCUCGUGGUUUUCAGACCCAAAGAUGAGAUGGCGUAUGGAAUGGAUGCAUUGGAAGAUGAAGUUUUUGAACUUCGUGAGUUUACUUACUUACUGCAAAUAUGUAAAUAAAAAAUUGCCUAUGCGCCUUCGAGAACGAAAGAAGAAAGCAAUUGAGCUCCACAAAGACAUGUAUACCCAUUUUGCCAGUGGUAACCUUGGUGCCCUCCAAUCCUACUGCUGCGCGGGCAUCUUCCAGUCAUUCGUUACUCGCGUUUCCAAGCGACCUCUUAACUCUCCAGAACUUGUUUGGAAACUACAUAAAUACCUCCGAUUCCCCUCUUCUAUGACCAUAACCGGUGCUCGUGUUGUUUCAGACCGUGCCGCGGCGCUACCCGGUGCAAAAGGCAUGGGAAUCAGACAAGCCAUUAUACGAAUACAAAGCCGGCAGUCUCUCGUCACGCCACCUGCCCCUAUAGAUCGUUUGGGGGAGAAACAGAUCCAGGAGAUAGAGAGACAGCAGCAGGAGAAACAAAAGGACUGCACUGAGUACAUUGUUCUCCAAAGACUUAUGAUAGGAGGUAAAGAUGGGGAAUGGAAGGUCUGGGGCUUAGCGGAGGAGACAACCACCGAGGACCUGCUAACAAACCCAAUGUUUAUGCAGGGACUAACGAUGAAAGACCGAAUUGAGAUGUUGACCGCAAGAUGA